AUGUCAGAGAGGAUGUACUACUGGGGCGCCGAGCGGAGCGCUGACCCCGACGAGACGUUCAUCGAGUUCUCGGCCAAGGGCGACUCUGGAGGCGGCGCAGGCGACGGCGGCAAGGGGGCGGCUGACGGGGCUGCGGACGCCGUGGUGUCCGCCCCCGCGGUGCUGCCCCCGCCGCCGACGCCUGCGCCGCCUGUGGGGGCGGAGCCGGCUGGCCGCGAGGACGACGCCGACCGCGGCGGCUGGGGGCACAAGCUCGACUUCCUCUUCUCCUGCAUCAGUGUCUCCGUGGGACUCGGCAACGUCUGGAGGUUCCCCUACCUCUGCUACAAGAAUGGUGGCGGAGCGUUCCUGGUGACGUACGCGAUCGCCAUGGUGUUCUGCGGCAUGCCCAUCUUCUUCCAGGAGGUGGCCAUCGGGCAGUACCUGGGAGCCGGCGGCAUGACACUCGUGGGGCAGCUUGUGCCCAUCCUGCAAGGCGUGGGCUACGCGACCAUGACGAUCGUGUUCUUCCUGGACGUGUACUACUGCAUCAUCAUCGCGUGGACGCUGUUCUACCUGAUCGCGACGUUCGUGCAGCUGCCCAGCCUGCCGUGGGAGGACUGCGACAACUGGUGGAAUACGCGCGACUGCAUUACGCCCGGCACGAACGCCACACUAGUGCACAACAGAACCAACCACACCGCCACCCCGGUGGAAGAGUUCUGGGACCGGCGCGUGCUGCAGGUGAGCGCGGGCAUCGACGACCUGGGCGGUCCUCAGUGGGAGCUGGCCGGCUGCCUGCUGCUCGCCUGGGUCCUCGUCUACCUCAUCAUCUGGCGCGGCCUCCACCAGAGCGGCAAGGUGAUCUGGUUCACGGCGCUGUUCCCGUACGCGGUUCUGGCGGUGCUGGUGGUGCGUGCAGUGACGCUGCGAGGCGCUGCCGACGGCCUGCUGUACUACGUGACGCCUCGGUGGGAGGAGCUGGCGUCGCCGGGGCCCUGGAUAGACGGGGCCACGCAGAUCUUCUUCGCCUACAGCAUCGGCACCGGCGCCCUGCCAGCGCUCGGCUCCUACAACAAGUUCCAUCACAACUGCUACAGGGACGCACUCAUCACGUGCGUGGUGAACACCCUGACCAGCCUGGUAGCGGGCUGUGUGACUUUCUCCAUCCUGGGCUUUGUGGCAUCCGAGAAGGGUGCCGAGGUGGCCGACGUGGUGCGUAGCGGGCCGGGGCUUGUGUUCCUCACCUACCCAGAGGUCGUGCUGCAGCUGCCCGGGGCACCUGCGUGGGCUGCGGUCUUCUUCUUCAUGCUCGUUACACUGGGCAUCGACAGUGAAUUCUGCAUUGUGGAGAGCUUCGUGACGGGGGUUGUUGACAACUGGCCUGAUACGCUGCGCCCGCAUCGCCGACGCUUCACAUUUGGGGUAUGCUGCCUCAUGUUGUUGCUGGGGAUCCCCAUGGUCACACAUGGAGGUGCAUAUGUCUUUCAGCUGAUGGACUUCUAUUCUGCAAGUGGAAUGUCUCUGUUGUGGGUGUGCUUCUUCCAGACAAUUGCUAUAUCCUGGAUAUUUGGUGCUGACAAGUUUUGUGACUGUGUGCAACAGAUGAUGGGUGUCAGGCCAGGUCGCUUUUGGUACGCUUGCUGGGUUUUCUGUGCACCACUUGUGAUGCUGGCAAUAUUCUUGUUCUACUUUAUACAAUAUAAACCUGUUACAUAUGGCAAGGACUACACUUAUCCUGUGUGGGCAGAAGUACUGGGUAUUCUCAUCAGCCUUUCAUCUAUGCUGUGGGUGCCUGCUUAUGUCAUAUAUUACCUAGUCACAUCACCAGGGUCUGUUAAGGAGAAUUUAAUACGAGGCCUCAAACCAAAUAUUAAAUCACGCCAAAAGUUGCCUGCAGCCCAGAAGACAGCAGUUAUUCCAAUGUCUGAAAGCAGUGCUGGUUUGCUCACAAAGAACAGUUCAUUUCUUAGCCAACAAUAAAAAUGAACCUAGUUGCUGAAAUGUGGAAAUGAAUAAGUAAGUAACAUGUUUAAAACUCUAAACUCUUAGAGCUAUUAACAUGUGCAAUAAAAGAUGUGGUGAGUGGGAGCAUCAGCAUGAAAGUUAUGAGGCAGUGUUCAAGAUACUGUCGUUCAAGAUGAGCAAACUGAAAGCACAGCAGCUGUGAUUUGAUAAAAUUUA